AUGGGCUUCCGCUCGUGCAUUGUUCCCGAGAGCGACGAGGGCGAGAGCUCUGGUGACGAGUGCGGCUCGGCGGCCGCGGAGGCGGCGUCCGACAGUGAGUCGGAGUCUUCCCUCCUCGAGCAGGCCAUACGGGCGGCGGGUGAUGUGUGCGGGCCGUCGACAUCGGCCGUGGAGACGGGCAACUCUCUCGAGGCGGGCAACUCUUCCGACGAGGACGCCUCUCACUGCGAGACGCUCGGGACCGACGACUCCUCCGAUGCGUCCUACACCGACGGCGACUCCUCCAGCAUCGACUCCGAUGUCGGCGGCGCCUCCGACGAGGACAGCGACGCGUCUUGGCACCUCCCCGCGAAAAAGACACAUCUAAACCCGGCUGACGGCGGCCUUACAAUUUUCCUAGCAAGCCUCUACUGCUUCGUUGUCCGUCGUCUGCUGCUGUACGAUUCUGGCCUCUUCUCCGCAAAGGCCUCUCUAGCCUUCGAGCUCCCCUCCCGCUUGGCCGUCGCCUCUAGCGAGAUGGAGCCGUCUCGCCGCGUCGUCGGCAAGCGCCAGGUCCGGCCCAACAUGGCGCGCCAGGACUUUGGGUAUGUCGAGCGCUCACGUGCUGCUGCAAACAAGGGGAUGAAGGGCGUCAAGCCCAAGCGGGAGGACGAGGAGGACGGCUCGGCGCCGAUGCGAUCGGAGAAGGAUGCCCGCAGCCUGACGGUCGACUUCACAAAACUGGACAUGGCUACGCUAAAGCGCUACAAGCGGCACUACCGGCUGAAGACGCGCCAGAACGUGACAAAGACAGAGCUCGCGCUUGCGAUCGCGAAGCACUUUGCUGCGCAAACUGUCGACGAGGCCGACACGAUCUCGCUCUUUAUGUAUUCCGCGCGCGCCAACAGCUUGCAAUACGACCGGCGCGACUACCUCAACGGCCGGUGAUCGGCGGCGGCCGGCCAGAGGCCGCGCGUGCGGAAGCAGCAGCGUGGAUCGAAGGGGUCGAGGCCGGCUGUCCCCCUCCCUCUCCGCCCCUCUCCGCCUGCGCGGAGCAGCGGUGCUGACUGCUGGUGCUGCGGCGCCAUCUCCAUCUCGGCAAACCUGCAGCCGAAUGUGUGCGCGUCGUUCUUACAUGUUAUACCCUGGGUGGUGUGGCC